AUGUUAUUGAACUGCGGUGCGGGAAACAUAGCCUGCACAAAACAUUUUCCUUUAAAGCAGCCGAUAGGGCCUCGCCAAAUGGAGAACUUCGACGCAGAGUUUAGGCCUGUUCGAAAGUCACAACAGGAAGUUAGCGCAAAUCGAAUUAUACAGGAUAUUUCGAUUGAUCAUGAGCAGCAAGCAUUUCUUAAAAAAAUAGAGCUGGUUCCAGCGCACAAGGAACUUGUGGAAGCCGAAACCCUGCAAACGGUUCUUCUUCCGGAAGAAAGCAAUGUUUCCGGCGAAGGCCGUACUGACAACCUACGCAAAAGGACAUAUGACGAUUCGACCGAGAAUGGCUACAAUCUCAAGAAAGUUGCGAAACUUGACUCCUCCGAAUAUUCCCAAUUUCGGAGCUUUCUUCUGCGACAGCUGAACAACACUCUGCCUGCUCAAGAGGCUCACUUACCUGGCUUCGUUCGCGAUGCAUCUAAAGAAAUCGAGCGGAUUCUAAAGCAAUCUAUCAUACAAAAAGAGAGUCACUCGGCGAUAGUUGUUGGCCCGCGCUCUCACUACAAAACUGCUAUCAUUGACUAUCACCUCACGCUGCUUUGUCGGGACUUUGAAAAGCAGUUUGUCAUUGUAAAGCUUAAUGGCUUUAUUCACUCAGAACAAGCUGCGAUCAAUAGCAUUGCCUUUCAACUCGAGGCACAGCUGCAAAGUCUACACGGAAAUGCUGCAUCAGGUUUUGAGAUCAGCUCGGGCUCUUUGACAGAAGUUUUCGAAAAGAUUUUGCGACUUAUCGACACCACCACAGUUCAAAAUAAGACCUCAGCAUCAUCGCGGGCCGAAAAGGUUUCAGUCAUCUUCAUUUUUGAUGAGAUCGAUACUUUUGCAGGUCCAGUUAGACAGACCCUACUAUACAAUCUGUUCGACAUGGUCGAACACGCCCGCGUACCUGUCUGUAUCAUUGGUUGCACUACAAAGAUGAACGUUGUGGAGCACUUGGAGAAGCGAGUCAAGAGCAGGUUCUCUCAACGCAUUGUUUAUGUCCCAACCAUAAAUGCACUCGAGACCUUCAGAACAACAAUAAAGGAGCAACUACAUGUGAACAAAGAUGAUCACUGCGCCAAGAAUUGGAAUGAAUGCAUCCAUAGACAGCUUUGCGACGACAAAUCCGAGCUCAAUCGCAUAAUAAAAAAUAACUUUGAAACUUUCAGAUCCACAGCGCACUUAAUGAAUAGUCUGAGAGUUUUGGUUCAAAAAGAAAACAGUAUUGAAGGUCUUCUUAAUGGGAUCCAAUCAUGCCGUUGGAUUCAUUCUUACAAUCAAAACCAGUUAGAGAGUUCGUUGAGCGCUAAAGUUAAGUCACUAUCUGAUCUUGAACUCGCACUACUAAUAGCAGCUGGCAGGGUAUCACUGAAAACUGAAGACAACGUUAACUUCAACCUUGCCUACGCUGAAUACUCUAAUAUGGUAAAGGAUACAAAUAAGAAAAUGCCAAUCAUUCCUCAAGCUACUGGUACCUCGCUCAUGCUCGAAAGCACUCUUCGCGUCUGGAGCAAGCUGGAUGUUAAGAACGUUUGGGAAAAUCUAAUAGACCUUGACUUCCUUACCGAAAAAGGUUCUAUAGGGCUCAGAGUGUCUGCACAAGCUGCAUUUCAGGCAAGUAACUACCACACGACAGGCACAAUAAUUCCCUUUGACCUUCGAAUAUACCAGAUGCAGAUCACUCUCCAAGAACUGCGGCGUACUGUUUCGAGGUCUUCACUGUAUUAUAGUUGGACACAAUUGUAA